AUGCCAACUGCUAUCGUGACUGGUGCCACUGGUAUCACCGGAAGUGCUAUUGUCCACCACCUCCUCAAGGAUCCUUCUUACGAGAAAAUCUACUCUUUUUCACGCAGUAACCCGGGUGUCGAGCACCAAAAGAUCCAGCAUGUCAGUCUCGACCUUCAGAGCUCCGCACAAGACAUGGCCAACAGCCUGCAUGGCAUCUCAGCGGACUACAUUUUCUUUUGUGCAUACCUAGCCAAAGAAGACCCAGACGAACUGUCCCGGGUGAACAGUACCCUCCUGGCCAACUUCCUCAAGGCACUGGCGAUAUCCGGGGCAGACAAGAGGUUAAAGCGAUUUAUCUUGACGUGCGGGUUUAAGCAUUACGGUGUCCACCUUGGGCAGGGUAAGCAGCCGUUUUUGGAGGAUGAUCCUCUCCUCGAAGACGAUGGAAACGCGUCUUGGCCGUCCAUCUUCUACUACGAGCAGCAGCGCAUUGUGGCCCAGGCUGCGGCGCAAGGGCAGUGGGAGUGGGUCAUCACGCUUCCAGAGGAUGUUCUUGGCUAUGCUCGAGGCAACUUCAUGAACGAAGCUACCUCGAUCGGGCUCUACUGUGCAGUGAGUAAGGCGCUACCAGGAUCUGAGCUGCCCUAUCCGGGUAGCAAGGCCAACUAUUUCACGUUCAACUGCUGGACCUCCGCGAACCUGCAUGCGAGGUUCUGUCUCUGGGCUGCAUCGGCCCCCGGAGCAGGGAACCAGAUUUUCAACGUGAUGAACGGUGAUACCGAAUCGUUCCAGAACUUAUGGCCCCGGCUAGCACGACGAUUCGGAUGCAAAGUCCCCGAUCCCCUGUUCCCGAAUGGGGGCGUGCCCAAUUCGGCGGGUUAUAAGGAUUAUGAAUCGACAACCAUUCCCCUGCACAAUAAGCCGCCUAUCAAGAUUAAGGCAUCCAGCUUGGGGCUUUCUUCAGACCCGAUUGUAGACCAACCACCGACCUUGUUUCUCCAGGUAGAUCCCAUAAAAUGGGCACAACGAGCGGAUGUCAAUGAAGCGUGGGCCAAGCUACGUGACAAGUAUCAUCUCGAUCAGAAUGCCUGGGAAAAGGCAACAUGGGAUUUCUUGGUCUUGACCAUGGGUCGCGAUUGGAGCUGCGUAGCGAGUAUGAGCAAAGCCAGGAAGCUCGGAUGGACGGGGUAUGCGGACACAUGGGACGAAUUGGAAGAGACGUUUCAAAUCCUCGAGCAAGAGGGAGUUUUGCCCCCGGUGGAUCAAUUGAACCGGGAUUUUUAG